ACAUGUGUCGCUCGAGCAACCGCAACGUGCCCUCCAACAUGAAAAUGUUCCCGAACGACGUUGCGACCGCCGAACACCUGACGCACGGCGACCCGAACAUCCUUGACUCGACCGAGUUUCAGCCCGAACAGAAGGAGGACUACCGCGAGCUGUUCGGCGCCAGCAAGAAGCCGGCCUCGGCGAAGAAGCAGUCAAGGCCGGAGUGGCGCAUUCGGUCUCUGCGUGACGCCGGCGGUGAUUCGCCGACCAACGGCCGCCGUCAGAGUGGGACCACACACCGUCAGAGUGGGUCGACGCCAAGACUGGUCACACAUCCGCGCUUCAUCAACAAGGCGCUAGGUAGAGGGUCUGAUCACGAAGUCCGCAUACGGAGUCAGAGUCAGCCGAGACUACUACAGCAGCAGUCAGACAAACUGUACAACUGCCACCUGUGCGGAUUCUCUGCUUCAAGGAUAAACGUGAUUAUUCUACACAACAAGUCGCACAGUGCUGGAUAUUCUGACGCGUUUCUCCCAUCCCUGCCAGGAGGAAAGAAGGCGAAGAAACGGUCCAUGAGUGAGAAGCGUCUCAACGUUGAUGGCUCACCGCCUGUCAAAAGGAAGGCAGAGUCUGAUGAACUGAAAAGUAGUGGCAAGGAUUCUCCGAGUCCUUCACCAGUCAAAAAGCCUAUUUUCGGCCGGAAGCGAUCAGCAAAAGAUAAAGCAGACAAGGCUGCCAAGGAGAAGAGGCAAACUGAGGAGUUCCGCGACAAUCUACUCAAAGACUGGGAUGACGAUAAUGAAGAAGAAGAGGGGGAUAAUGAUAUUGGUAGCUCUAAAGCUAAAUCUGUUGAUGAUCCAGUUGACAACUCAAAGGAACAAGAGACUAGUACAAAAGUGGAUGAUUCAAAAAGUUCUCCCUCGAAAGAAACCUCUUGUUUUGAUUUUGAUGACUCGGAAGACGGCAUCAAACCGGAGGAGACCAUCAUGCAGUUCGGAAGGAAGAUUCCGAGGCUGUUGGGUGACAGGAAGAAGAGGACAGAGGAUGUGGAAGUGGAGAGAGAUGACAAGGUGACAAGAGUGGAGGUGACGGAGGAGCCAGUAUCACAGCCUGAGGAAAGUGAAGAAGAGAGGAAGAGCAAAGAAGAAAGAAAGCGAAAGAAGAGUUUGAUGCGGCUUUCAAAGCGUUGCUGGAGGAGACUAUGGCACCUGUUAUCCCUGAUGUGUUCACCCCAAAUGACAAAACUUUGGCGAACACUUGUGAGGCGGUAAAUGAUGGCAACAUUGAGCCUGAUCCUCCAGAAGAUCCAUCCAAUGCCACCAUUGAAGAGGCAGAGUGUGUUGUGACGACGAAAGUUGAUCAGCAGCAUUUUUUAGUGAAAACGUCAGG